GAGCAGUUGAACGGCGGCAGCAGCGGUGGCAACACCAACGAGAACUCCGAGAAAAAGUCGUAGGAAAAGUGCGUAAAGCACAUAUACAUAUAACGCUUUCAGCUGAAAAAUUCAUCAAAAAGUAGUUAGUGCGCGCUCAAAUUAUAAGUCAGAAUUACAGAAGAAAUCGCACAUCAAAGUGAAGAAAAUAUGAUGAUGAAAACAAAAUGAAUUCGAAGAAACACUAAUGUCUACAAAGAAGACCACAAACUAAAACAAAAAAAAUGCACGCCAAACUAUAACAAAAGUGAAACCAAAUAAUCGCACAAGUCCAGUGCUCCCUUAGACAAAAAAAAAAAAAAAAAACCAACCCCUUCGCACCCCUCACCAACCUCCACAGGUCACCGUCUCCCAGGUCGGCGAUGCUUUUGGAGUUUCUCAAAUAUGCCACAAGACUGCUGAAGAACAAUAUGACAACAAUUAUACUCGCUACAACAACAGCUAGCGCCACCACAACAACGACACCUACCUUGAAUAUAUCAACAAAUCUCAGCACAGCAACAACAACAACCAUUUCUAAUAUCGCCAACAACAUCUCCGCUGCCUUCGCCACCAGCGCACUCUCUCCAACACAUAACGGUAUGUUACCCGAACAACCCGCCACAACGCAACCCACACUGGAGACCUUCAACUCUACACUGAAAACGCUCUUCAAUAAAACACUCGCUAAUGUGGCGCAGACGAAUUUAAGCGACUACACCACACCGCACACACUGCUCUCGCCUCUUUCGAAUGGCCCCGGUGUUGAUGGCGAUCCGUUGGCCGGUGGCGGUGGCGCAGCGACGGUAAUGUCCGCUUUGCCUACGUUGCCGGUAUCGCGAUACGCCAUGGAGGCGACUACGUCAUUGCCCGCCGCACAAACGGUGGCCACAAUCAUGGCGGCGGCGGGGAGUAAAAAUCGUGCCACAAUAAUUGUCUAUCCCACAGUAUCGCCCGAAUCCAUUGUGAUACCCAUCGUUUCGUGUAUUUUCGGUUUCCCCAUAUUGGCAUUGUUGGUCAUCUGUUGCCUGCGUCGUCGGGCGAAAUUGGCACGUGAACGGGAUCGUCGACGUAAUUACGAUAUGCAGGACCAUGCUGUGAGCCUGGUCAGAUUUAGUCCCAUACAUAGGCUUAAUUACCGACCGUCGCGAGCUAUCAGUUUACGUCCUGAACGAAGCCUGAGCCAGGGUUUCACCUCCCUGGAGCUCGAUACCGUAGUGGAGGAACGCUGCAGUGAUGUGGAACAAACGCAAACGGAAAUACUUAAUGCCGAAUCACCCAUGGAGACGACCUCCUCAUACAGGAUGUCCUUUUCAAGCUAA